ACUCCCCCCAGCAUUUCCUGAGCCUCGAGACUCUUCCACAUUCGCGCGGGGGAAAGCCGAGCCUGGAAAUCACCAGCUCUGCGAUCCCACAGGCACCGAAACUUUUCAUCUCCAACCAUCCCGGGCGCUCAUUUCCUCAUCUGUAAAAUGGGUGACAGUAACCUUCACCAUGUGGAAGCACGCUAGGGGUCAGAGAUCGUGGGCCUGCACAGAGGAAGGAGAGGACGGCAGGAUGACGCUCCAGGGCGCCAGGUACGAAUCCCGUCUGCGCCACUCCCAAGCCGGUCAACUUGGGCAAAUCGCUUCGCUGCCCCCUGCCUCCGUUUCUCCAUCUGGAAAAUGGACGUGAUGGAAAUAGCACCUACUUCACUGAGAGGUCGAUGUAAAAAUCAAAUGCGUUGAAGCAGGUCAAGGAAGCGGAACGGUCCUGGCGCACAGGGCCCUCGAUAAACGCGGCUCGACCGUCCUCCCUUUGUUCCAGAUCCACUCCCCCAACCUUUCCCUGCUUGCUCCAAGCAUCGGGAUGGAAGCCCCCCUCCCACCUCCUUCCUCCCACCAAGGAAACCACCUGAAUGUCUCCCACGCCGUAAUCCCCCAGAGUUAGCUCAUCUCCCUCCCGCUGUUACACGGGGAAGCCUGUCGUGUUUUCCCGCAUCCGUCUCCACAAAACCCGACACGCACUGGAGUUCCCUUCCCGGAAACCCAAGGGGACGGUCUGGAGGAAGCGCACCUCUACGUCACAGCAGCCGCCAACCCCGCGCUGCAGGAGAGCCCGUAAGGGGCCGUUCUGUCCCCUCGAGGAACCCUGGGGGGUGAGGAGAGAAACACUCCUCCCCAUGUCCCAAGGGGUCGGGGUACUUAGGACCCGCCUGCGAGGAACCUAGGAGCAGAGCGCUAAGGGGCGGGACUAAGAGGGGCGAGGAGCGUGUGGGCGUUGCCAACCGAUGGGGGCGAGGCGACAUUCUAGGCCGCAGGGGCAGACGGAUUUUCCCAAGGGGGCGUGGUCUGUGGGCGUGGUUUUCAAGGGGGCGUGGUAAGUGCCGAGAAGUGUUCUAAGAGGGUGGAGCGGAGACAGGAGGGCGGGUGUCCUGAGAGGCCACCUUCGGAGGCGGAGUCCUCCGGGGCGGGGCCAGGUGAACUGACGCGGGAACCCGCGGGUGCGGCCCGGAGAAGGUGGGCCGGCUGGGGCGGGGAGGGAGGUCCCGGAGCCGUAGAGCCUCAGGCUUCGGCCUGGCCCCAGCCUGUCACCAGCUCCGCGGGUCCCGGCCCAGAUGUGGAAGACUGAGGACUGUUGAAAGUACAGAGUUCAGCCCCUGCACCCUCUGCCCCCAAGAGCUCCAUGCAGGUGCUACAGGAUGGAGAGGACCUUGCCAGCCAGCCCUGGUACCACGGCCCCCUGUCCCGUCAGAAGGCUGAGGCCCUCCUGCAGCAAGACGGGGACUUCUUGGUUCGAGCCUCCGGGGCCCGGGCGGGCCGCCCCGUCAUCUCCUGCCGCUGGCAGGGCUCAGCGCUGCACUUCGAGGUGCUCCACGUGGCCCUGCGUCCCCGGCCGGGCCGACCCUCAGCCCUCUUCCAGCUGGAGGAUGAAUGGUUCCCAAGCCUGCCCUCCCUGGUCCGCAGCUAUGUGACCGGGCGGCGCCCACUGUCCCGGGCCACAGGGGCUGUGGCCUCCAGACCUGUAAUACGGCAAGGACCCAUUCGACGCAGUUUUAGUGAGGACACCCUCCUAGAGAGUCCAGCUCGGUCAGAGCUGCCCAGGGCUAGGAAGUGGAGUGACAGUCAGCCCGCAGGUUUGGAGCACAUGGGGCGGUCAAGAGAAGACCACUCUGAACCAGGAGCCUCCGCUGUGCCCAUGUGCGCCCUCCCUCGGAUGGGUAGUGACCCCGGGCUGCUGAAGACCCCGCCUCCUCUGGGGUCCGUUGUUGACAGCCUCAGAGCCUCCGAUGGGCAGCUUCAUGCCAAGGCACCAAUCAAGCCACCUCGAACACCCUCACUGGUGCUGCAGGAGGCAUCUGAACGCCCCCCAACAUACUGUGAGCUGGUGCCCCGAGUGCCCAGUGCCCAAGGAACCCCCCUGGGCCACACAGGCCCAGAGACAGAGGCCCCAUGGUGGGAAGCCAGUGAGGAGGAGGAGGAGGAAGAGAACAGAAGUUUUGCAAGACCCGAGGCCGAGAUCUCUUUCUGGCCCCCUAACAACCCCUUCUGCCUGCUGGGCCCCCAGAAUCGGCCCCUGGAACCGAGAGUCCUGAGUACUCUCCGUGACCUAUUCCUGGAGCACCAUCCUGGGAGCACGGCCCUGCACCUAUUAUUGGUGGACUGCCAGGCUACAGGCCUCCUAGGAGUGACCAAGGCUCAGCGGUGUGCCAUGGGGGUCGCCUCUGGCCUGGAGCUGCUCACACUUCCCCAUGGGCAUCGCUUGAGGUUGGAACUUCUGGAAAGACACGAGGCGCUGGCGCUGGCCGGGGCGUUGGCGGUGCUGGGCUGCGCGGGGCCGCUGGAGGAGCGCGCGGCCACCCUGAGGGGCCUGGUGGAGCUGGCCCUGGCGCUGCGGCCAGGGGCGGCCGGGGACCUGCCUGGACUGGCCGCGGUCAUGGGGGCCCUGCUCAUGCCCCAGGUGUCCCGGCUGGAACGCACGUGGCGCCAGCUCAGAAGGAGCCACACGGAGGCGGCGCUGGCCUUCGAGCAGGAGCUGAAGCCGCUGAUGCGGGCACUGGAUGAGGGCGCGGGCCCCUGCGAGCCGGGCGAGGUGGCGCUGCCGCACGUGGCACCCGCCGUGCGCCUGCUGGAGGGCGAGGAACUCCCGGGGCCGCUAGACGAGAGCUGCGAGCGGCUGCUGCGCACCCUGCACCGGGCGCGUCAGGUGGCCCGGGAUGCGCCCAAGUUCCGUGAGGCAGCAGCCCGGCGCCUACGAGGGCUUCUCUAGGAUGACACAGACAGAUCAGAAAGGACAGUCCCGUAUGACUUCACCAGCAGAAAAAAAUAAGUGCUUGGCUUCCAGGAGCCAGGAGCAAGAUAAGCCAGUGUUUUCACUGCAAACGCUAGCCUAGCGCUUUACUGCCUGGGUUCGAAUCCCAGCCCGGGCGUUUCCUCGCCUGUGAGUCUGGGUGAGGUUACUGACCUCUGUCUCGGGACACUAAUCUGGAAAAUGGGGAUGAUGAGGCAUGGAUCGCAUGUGAGUGGCUGCAAACUGAGAAGGGCGUCUCCGUUCAUUCAGAUACAUAAUGUACCCACUGCAUACCAGGCCCCGUGCCAGCCAUCAGAAGUACAGCCCCCAACAAGACCAUCAGGAUUCCGCCCCGGCUCCCAAUCUCAGGAGAACUGGGGAAUGCCCGUGAACUUAUGUAAAGGAUCUGAAACAGUGUACCUCACACAGUAUCUACACAUGUUCGGUGUUCUUAGCAAUAGUUCCUGUUUCCUCCAAGACUAGAUACACACGCAGAAGUAGUAACAAGCAUAGACCUUGGAAUGUCAAAUGUGGGGUCCACUUCUUUCCAGUCCUAAUGCCACAUCCAGGCCACAAAAGAGGAAACAAGCAGAGGUGGGACAGCUGGUAUUGAAGGACAGACUCCACAGCAUGCUCCCUUCACCCCUACAUCCUAAAGACUCAGGAGGCGCCUGGGGGGCUCAGCCGGUUAAGCUUCUGUCCUCUGCUCAAGUCAUGAUCCCGGGGUCCUGCAAUCAAGC